UUGUUAACCGGUCAUACGAGUACGAGGAAAAUUUUUUAAAAAUUUUUCAAAGAUGGAAACUUUAAAGGCUAUAAGUCAAAUUUUUUAAUAUUUUUCAAACUGAAAAAAGUUAUUUAUUAAUAAGAUUAAGAAAUGAUUGAUACAAAUUGAUUUACUAAAAAUAGAAGAAGGUAACAAUUUUCAUACACUACACAAAUUAAAAACUCCAACUUUGAGAACUUUUUUUUAACAAAAAAAUUAUAAUGGAUACAUUGCGUAUAUUUUUUCUCAUAUUCGGAAUAUUCGUACAAAGUUCAUUCACGUUAGACAAUGAUUUUGAUUUGUUAGUGUUUAGUCAACAGUGGAUAAAAAGUUUGUGCAUUAAAUCACAAAUACCACAGAACAAAUGUAAUCUUCCGCAAGAGGAUCAUUGGACAAUUCAUGGUAUUUGGCCGAGUCAAUAUCAACAACAAAGUCCAUGGAAUUGUAGACCGGAUUUACUAUUUCAGGUAAAUAAAUUGGACAAUAUAAGAAAUGAGUUAGAACUAAAGUGGCCAAGUGUCCAUGUCAAUAAUUCGGAGAAAUUUUGGAAGCACGAGUGGGAUAAGCAUGGAACAUGUUCUAUUACUUUGAACUCGAUGAAUACAAUGGAAAAAUAUUUUAAAAUGGGAUUAAAGCUAAAUAGAAUACAUAAUAUCAAGAAUAUUUUCGAAAGAUCAAAUAUUACACCAGGUGGAAUAUACAACGUUAGACAAAUUUUGAAUGCUUUAAAGGAAAAUUUAGGAGUUUCGACAAAUGUCAUGUGUGCCAAACGCCGCAAGAGCAAAAAUCAAUAUUUACUGGAAAUCAGGAUUUGUUUAAACAAGGAAUUACGAUUGAUCGACUGCAGAGAUCACUUUAAAUUCGAAACUAAUUGUGAGCAAUCAAAAUUAGUGGUCUACCCAGAACGACAGGAUGAUUAUAAGUAAUUCCAGUGAAUCAAUAAAUUAUCAUUAUUAAAAAUCCAUUUUCGAAUUCGCUGUUUUAAACUCAAUAAAGUCAAUCUAUAUGUGAUAUAAAUUGUGGAUCAUUCCUUUUUACUACGAAAGAAUUAAGAUUAAUUUGAGAACUUAACAGAAUGUAAAAUUUAGAAAAUUUAAGCUUAAUAUGCUACAUCAAAAAUUACAUAUGAAGUGGACAUACAUCAGUGGAUGUUUAUGUCUUCAUCGGUUCUGUAUAAAUUGUUAGCUUUUUGUAAUACAAAUAAAAUUUCAGUACAGUA